AUGAGAUUACCAAAAGCCCUAUCUGUACUUCUUGCUGUCUAUACUAGUCCCCUGAAGGCCGCGGUAUGUCCCCCUACUAAAUACAGCAUUCUUCAAGCCGACGCAAACCAUGCCUAUGUUGAUCCAAAUACCAUCAUGGGCCUGAACAAGAGUUCGGUGUGUCCACCCGGAUAUACCUGUGUCCCCAACUAUUUUAUGAACUCGCCCCAAUCUAUGUGGCCGCCAAAGCUGCUUAAGUACACCAAAGGCCCGCUCGCCAAACUCCAUUCCGACCAGAUAUACAUCCCGACUACGGCCCCUGGUGGUGGAUGCCAUGGUCUAGAAGAGUUAGAUGAAAUCGCACUCAGGUCGCCCCACAACGGCCUCUAUCUAGCCGCCUGCAAGGACUGUCUUACGACAACCAAGAAGAUCCCCGCAAUGAUUUACAGCUCGUUUAGCAACCCUCUUGCCAAAUGGAAGCUCUCGGUAAUCGACGGCAAGUGUGCUAUCAAAAACAUCUACUAUGACUUGUUCCUAACCACGUGUCCUGAUUGUGCUCCCGCUCGUAAACCAACUAUCCUGGCUGUUGACGCCAAAAGCAUUGACGAAAACCAAAACACCGAGCUCUGGGAAGUAGCCCGCAAACUCGACGGCAACUUUACAUUCAAAUCUGCCGCCACCGGUGAGUACCUAACCAACUGUGUGGGAUGUUUCGCUGACCUCACAACGAAACCCAUUUUGACAGUCUACAGCACCGCCCGCGACCAAAGCUUUGUAGCCUGGGCCGCCGAAAUCAAACAAUCCGAUGCGCUUAUUUAA